AUGACUGAAGAGAUUGUGCUUGUAUGCAACGAAGGUUCCGUCACCAUGUUCUACUGUGUCCUGGGCUUCAUGGGCUUCCAGGCCAUAAUCUGCUUCAUUGUGGCUUUCCUGGCUAGGAGGUUGCCUGACACAUUCAAUGAAGCCAGGUUCAUCACCUUCAGCAUGUUGGUCUUCUGCAGUGAAAAUACUAUAACUCGAAAAAUUGCCGAAGAAGCUAAAGUAAUUGCAGAAGCCACACAGGAAAAAUUAACACCAGUCUGCAAAAAGGUAGAUGAGCAGGAGCUGGCUCUGUCUGUGCUUGAAUUGCAAAGAAAAGAAAGAAAUUUGAGACUGAGAUCAGUACCUGAAAAUGAAAAAAACAACCUGGUGGACUUUUUGACAAAAGAGUUUUCAGACUUCUGGCAGCUGAACCCAGAGAAGGAAGAAUUUAAGAUAGUGACUGCUUUUAGAUUGGGCAAAAAACAAAAUAGAAAGAAACCAAGGGAUUGCCUGAUAAUAUUAAGAUCUAAAGAAGAAAGAGAUAAAAUAUUAAGUUUACAUUUUCAAAGAACCUUAGAGAUUGAAGACAAUUACGUGGAAAUUUUCAAGGACCUCCCUAAACACAUUUUGGAGGCGAGAGCCCACUACAAGGACAAAGAGCAGUUCUUAGAAGAGAAUGAGGAGGACCUUCUGAAGGAGGUGGUGGCAGUGGAACUAACCCCAGAAGUAAAGGAAGCUACAGAUAUCCUAAACUUAACAUUUGGACUUAAAUCACCGACGGAGGACGAACAACUGCUUGGAGCAGUUGGAGGGGAAAUAUUUGUGUUCCUGCCCAAUUUGGUAUGUGACACUCCUAUUGCCACAUGCACUGUUGGUACUCCUCUUUCUAUUACGCACAAGUAUUAUCAUUCUGGAGAUCUCAUCAUUGCUGGAAUUAUUUCUCAGUUCUACAUGACAUUUUCUUCAUCGGAUUUCAGAACACAUCCAUCUGAGACACUGAUUGAUGAGAUCAUACUCUUUUUCCAAAACUAUCAGCAUAUCUUGGCCUUGGUAUAUGCUGUAAAGGAGAUCAAUGAAAAUCCACAAAUGUUGCCUAAUGUUACCCUGGGCACGCACAUCUAUAAUAGCUAUUUCAGAGCAAGCUGGACCUACCUUGCUUCCAUGGACCUUCUCUCCACCCAGGGAAGAUUUAUCCCUAACUUCAAGUGUGAUGCCCAGGACAAUGCAAUAGCUGUUAUCACAGGACCAAAUUCUCACAUCUGUCAUUUCAUGGCGCACAUUCUUAACAUCUACAAGAUGCCACAGUUUGUAUAUGGCUCUGCUCCAAUGACCAAUGGCAACCCGGAAGCUGUUUUCUUCAACCGAAUGUUCCCAAAUGAGGACCAUCAAACCUGGGGAAUUCUUCAGUUGCUGUUGUAUUUUAAGUGGACAUGGAUUGGGGUGGUUUAUAUAAGUAAUGACAGUGGAGAGAAAUUUAUGCAGAAUGUGCUCCCCAUGUUUUCACAAAGAGGUAUAUGCUUCGAUUUCAUAGUAGAACUGCCGAAAGAAUCCUUUUCCAGUAAUUUUGCUGAAAUAAGUAAUGGCUUUUCUCGAGUACUCAGAAUUAUGCUGAGGAGCAGUGCCAGCAUUGUGAUCAUACAUGGUGAUAUUCAGCUCACGGUAAUUCUUAGAGUGAGUCCAAUGUUUGCUGAAUUUGAGGGCAUAAAAAUGAACAGUAAAGGUAAAGUGUGGAUUAUGACAGCCCAGAUGGAGUUCACAUCAAUUCCCUCUCAAAAAAUGAUGGGUUUAGAGGCCUUCCAUGGAGCUUUAUCCUUUGCAGUUCCUUCCAAGCAGGUAAUAGGAUUCCUUGAAUACCUUCAGAUGAAAAACCCUACCUUGGAAAAGGAAGAUGGUUUUAUCAGGGUCUUUUGGGAAAAUGCAUUUGACUGUUCUUUCCCCAUGAAUGACACCACAGAUAAAGAAAUGUGUACUGGAGAAGAGAAGUUGGAGACUCUUCCUACCUCUGUUUUUGAAAUGAGCAUGACUGGGCAUAGCUACAGUGUCUACAAUGCUGUCCAUGCUGUGGCACAUGCUUUGCAAGCCAUGCAUUCAUCCAAAUUUGGACACAGAGCAAUGGCAUAUGAUGGGAGAGGGAUUCUUCUGAAGCAGCAGCAGUGGCAG